AUGUCCGUCACACUGAGGUCAGCUAGCCUUAUGCGCGGCAGUGGUGCGCUGCGCACAAACCUGGUCGUCCGACCGCGUUUGACCGGAGCGUUGGCUGCGAACACCGCCGCAAACCUCCGCCUCAACGGCAGAGGACUGCCAUCCCACAUCUCGGCCCUUGCGAUCCUCGUCCCCCACCAGCGCGGCUAUGCCACCGAGUCAUCCUCUUCCACAUCCUCUUCCUCUGACCCUCUCCCUCCCCCCGGCUUCAAUGCCGAACAAGCCAAGAAGCCGCUCGCUGCGGAGCAGCAGCAGCAGCCCGCCAAACAGGUGGUUCCUGCGUCCGAACAGUCCGUCAAGGCCCCCGCUAAGACAUCCGGCACGGAAAUCUCGAAUGAAUUGACGACGGCCAAGAGCACGGAUGCCGACAAGAAGACCGAUGAGAAGAAGGAGACGAAGAAGUUGACGCUCGGCCAGAAGAUCAAGAAGGAAGCCCAGCACUACUGGGACGGUACGAAGCUUUUGGCCACUGAGGUCAAGAUCAGUUCUCGCCUUGCGCUGAAGAUGGCUGCGGGAUACGAACUCAGCCGGAGAGAGCAUCGCCAGCUUCGCAGAACGGUGUCCGAUCUGGGACGUCUGGUUCCAUUCUCCAUGUUCGUCAUCAUCCCCUUCGCCGAACUGCUGCUUCCGGUCGCCCUGAAGCUCUUCCCCAACAUGCUGCCCAGCACCUACGAGGGCCAGAAGGGCCGCGAGAAGAAGGCGUUGAAGCUCAGCUCCACCCGGAAGGAGGUCUCGGGCUUCCUGAAGGACACGCUGCGGGAAUCGGGUCUCCCCGUGACGGCGGCGACGGUGAAGAACGAAGAGUUCACCGAGUUCUUCAAGAAGAUCCGGACCACGGGCGAGUCGCCGACGCCGGAGGACGUGAUCAAGGUGUGCAAGAUCUUCAAGGACGACCUGACGCUGGACAACCUGUCGCGGCCGCAGCUGGUGGGCAUCUGCAAGUACAUGAACCUCAACUCGUUCGGCACGGACGCGAUGCUCCGGUACACGAUCCGCCACCGCAUGCGCCAGAUCAAGCGCGACGACCGGGCCAUCUUCUACGAGGGCGUGGAGUCGCUGUCCGUGCCUGAGCUGCAGAUGGCGUGCGCCUCCCGCGGCAUCCGCACGCACGGGGUCUCCCCGGCCCGCCUGCGCGAGGACCUCUCCGUCUGGCUGGACCUGCGUCUGAAGCAGGGGGUCCCCUCCACGCUCCUGGUGCUGAGCAACGCCUACGUCUACGCCCAGGGCGGUAAGGAGGCCGAGAUGUCCACCCAGAUCGAGGCCCUGCAGUCCGUCCUGUCGAGCAUCCCCGAGGAGCUCUUCCACGAGAUCGAGCUCGAGGUCCACAACGCCGAGGGUGCCGCCACCAACAAGCAGCGCCUGGAGGUCAUCAAGGAGCAGCAGGAGCUCAUCGAGGAGGAGAACAGCCAGAACAGCGAGAACGAGGAGAAGGGCGUCUCCGCGCCCCAGGAUAUCGAGGAUAUCGACGACGACAAGGAUGAAGUCAAGUACCGCUCGCGCUCGCAGGCCUCCGAGGCCUCCGAGGCCGUCAAGGAGGGCGACCGCGUCGAGGAGAGCCCUGCCCAGGAAGCCGCUGCCGCUGCCAAGGAGGAGAAGAAAUAGAAGGCUGUAACUCGAUGCCGAAUUGCCUCUGGAUCUUUUUUUUUUCUCUGUGUGUGGGCGUUGCUUUCGAAAUUUGAUGACCCUCUGUGACAUAUAGACAUAUUACUCUACUUUUCUUUUCUACUCUUGUGUUAGUUAGUGCUUAUAUGAUAG